GCUCUCAGAGUAGUGACCGACGAGACCAUCCGACGUGGAGGACGGAAUGGCCUUCUAGAACUUCUUUGGCGUGCAGGACAGCGGAGUAAAGCUGCCGUGUCCUCGGGAGCGCAGCGGGCUGAGGAGGGCCGUCGGGGUUCCCGUUGCCGCUGGCCUGCACAGCUUCCUUGGGAAGGCUUUGGGACUCGGUGAUGGAGCCGGCGAGCGCUGCGGGUCCGGAUGGCGAACGUGGAGGAGGAGGUGUUCUUUCUUACCUGGAAAGACUUGAGAUGCAAGCAAGCCUGUCCCAUGAGAAGUCGGGUAAGCUGCAGAGGGCUCAGGCAGAGGCAAAUGCUCUCAGAACCAAGAUCCAGAAACUGAGGCAGCUACGCGAUGAGCUGAAGGCUGAGGUGACACGGCGGCAGGCCCUGGUCCAAGCAGCCACGGCCAGCCUAGAACCUGACCAGACAGUGGGGAUGAGUGAGCAGGAGGUCUUGGAAAGAAGAUGGGAAAAUGCAAAAGCCAUUCUGCAGGCAUAUCGCUUCACAGGGCUCAGCGGACAGCUGACGAGCCGUGGAGUCUGCGUGCACAUCGACACGGCGUUCGAGGAUCAUCUGCUGGAUUCCUACUUCGUGGACCUUGUCCUGCAGAAGCCACUGCGCAUCCGUCACCACUCGGUGCCAGCCUUCAUUCCCCUGGAAAAGAUGGCUGCUCAACACCUGCAGACCGACAUCCAGCACUUCCUCUUUGCUCUCUGCCAACACCUGAACGCCUACGCUGGGAGGAAGUACCAGGCUGAUCGGCUGCAGGAUGGCUUUGCAGCCCUUCUCACCGGGCCCCUGCAGAGAAACUCGCUGUGCAGUGUGCUGUCAUUUACUUACAAAGUGGACUCGGGGGCUCAGUGUGUCCCCUUUUCCGCUAGGUUGCUGUACAGGGACCUCACAGGCACGCUCCCCACUGAUGUCACCAUUGCAUGUCUAGGGGCAGAAGGCUUACCCAUCUCCUGGGAACGACGGCGAGCAGCCCACAGGACGCUCUUCUCCAUGAAGCCCCUCCACAAGGUUUUUGCUUCCUUUGCAAGAGGAGAGAAGCUAGACCUGAGCCUCACCUCCUGAAAUGCUGCUUCUGUUGGGAGCCCGUGGGAGGAAGUGAGUGAGGACGACAGCGUCCCAGGCAAAGCUCAGCUGAUGAGAAGAGACCACGUCUUCUUCGGGGUGGUGGGGCCCAUCCAGGAGCAUGUGUGCAGUUGCCCCUCGCUGCCCAUCACUUGGUAUUCACAGUACUGAGCUCAGCCAGAAAGGCU